CCAGCCCGGAGCAGGAAGCAGGCGUCCGACCCGUCAGCAGCCGACGGUCUCGAGGGGCGGCGGCCGCGCUGCUCGCUGCUCGCCGGUCGGCCGGCCGAGCGAGCGGCCGGGCGGGCGUCCCGGGGCGCGGAGCCAUGAAGCUGUACAGCCUGAGCGUCCUCUACAAAGCCGAGCACAAGGCGGUGCUGCUCAAAGCCGCCUACGACGUGUCGUCCUUCAGCUUCUUCCAGAGGUCCAGUGUUCAGGAAUUCAUGACCUUCACAAGUCAACUGAUUGUGGAGCGCUCAGCUAAAGGCAGCAGAGCUUCUGUCAAAGAACAAGAAUAUCUGUGCCAUGUCUACGUGCGAAACGACAGUCUUUCAGGAGUGGUCAUUGCUGACAGUGAGUACCCGUCCCGGGUAGCUUUCACCUUGCUGGAGAAGGUGCUGGACGAAUUCUCCAAGCAGGUCGACAGGAGCGAGUGGCCCAACGGCUGCCCUGCGUCCAUCUACUACACAGCCCUGGAUGGUUACCUUAGCACCUACCAGAAUCCCCGAGAAGCCGACCCCAUGAGUAAAGUGCAGGCCGAGCUAGAUGAGACCAAGAUCAUCCUGCACAGCACCAUGGAGUCUCUGCUGGAGCGUGGCGAGAAGAUCGACGACCUGGUGUCCAAGUCCGAGGUGCUGGGCAUACACUCCAAGGCCUUCUACAAAACGGCCCGGAAACAAAACUCGUGCUGUGCGGUUAUGUGACCGCUGCCAGCACGGGCCCCACACUGCAGAGUCGCCGCCAUUCCUGCCAGAACAGCAGCUCCCGCCACAUAGAGACCCGCACUGGGGCCAGACUCAUCCUUCAUGUUGGCUGAUGGACGGGACCUGGGGGUGGGGAACAUUCAGUAUCACACGUCUGGUAAUUUUUGAAAACGUUGGAGGGCCCCCCGAGAUGUGUUUGCGCCUGAUGACACAUAAACUCGCCGUGGGUCCUGCAGAUGGUGAUGGGCUCGUUUCUCACUCUGGUGCGGCCCCGCUGCUCAGCACCAACUGUGCUGGUCUCGGCAGCCUUUGGGUUUCCUCGUACAUUAACCGUGUUAACACUGCAGUAAGGGGGUGGUCCCACUCCACGGGGCUGGGGCCACAGCACACACGCGGGACCGCCGUGGGGGAUGGGACAAGCAGGUCACCGGCCAGUGCUUCAGGGCCACGGCUGCGGUGACAGUCACUGGGCUUCACAAAUUUUGAGACGUGGUUUGCAUUUCCGCUGAAAUUGACCCACAAAGUUCCACCAAGAUGCCCUGAUGUGGAAGUUGGCCUUGAACAUCUGGGUCACAGCUGUACCUCUGGCGAUGAGACAGUCGGUAACCACCUGGGCCCCAUGUGUCUGGACACCAAGAGCAGGUACAACCUGACCCGAGGACUCGCAGAACCCCACUUGUGGUCUGAGUCAGCGCCCCCGCCCGACCCCCAGUUGGAGCCUCUGAGUCCCCUCCCCCAGCUCCGCAGCAGGAGGCCCGGCCUUGGAAACUGGUCUAGGAGGUUCCAGGCCCCUUGGGUCCUGCUGCCGCGUUCCAAGCUGCCUCCUUGUGCCCAGCUGUGCUGCCUGAAGACACGAGCUCAAGAUGCACCCUUGGGACUGGCUCCAGGAAGUGCCUGCGGGGCUCUCCUCCUCAGGGCUCUGUCCCUGAGCGGGCUAGCUCUUGCCACAGUAGGAUGGUCCCACUGCCCCGACAGGAAGUGCCAGCAGCCCUGAUUCCUCUUUCUUGGCCAGCAGUGGAGUCUGCACGACUUCAAAGGCCCCUGGCACUCACAAGUUUACCUGCCAGCCUCCCUUUUCCUCUGGGCACUGCUGGCUGGCAGGUGGCCUACCCGUGUGAUUCUGGUGCCUUCCAGGCCCCCAUAAGGCGCAGACCCAGCCUGCUCACUGGCACCUGAGAUGGCUUGACGUGCUUACAGAGGGUUGGGUCACAGCGGUCUCGUACUUUGCAGGGUGAUGGGGAGGCACUGGGGGCAGGUGGGGGUGUGCAUUUGGGGAGCAGAGUGGGGGGGCGGGGCUGGCUCAGGCCCCAUGCGGCAUUUCCCGUUCUAAUGUUCAGUCUGGGCAAAGUGUAUUUUAAUUGCUGCCUAACUUUGUUUGAGAGGUUCCUUCCUAUCUGGAUAAAAUUGUCUUUUGAAAUUCCAAAAUGGUCCUGCACUUUGUUGGAUUCCAGGGGGCCCUUUCCUCUGGGGCCCUAUUGCCUCCUGUCCCUCUGACCUUCCAGCAGGAGCCUGGUGAGGGAGCUGGGGCUUGUGGGGGUGGUCUCGCAGGCUGGGGAGUCUGGCCUGUUGACGGAAUGACCUCACUCUGGCCAUUAGAGGGGCUGCAAACAC